AUGGACGCGCCGGCCGCCUGCGAGAUCGAGCGCCUGCCGGACACUACGCCACUGCUGCCGGAGGACCUCCUGGUGCACGUGAUCUCGCUCACCUCGCCGGCGGACGCCUUCCGCGCCACCGCUGUGUCCAGGGCCUUCCACGCCGCCGCCGACUCAGACACGGUCUGGUCCCGCCUCCUGCCGCGCGACCUCCUGCAGUUCGCCAGGAGAGAGAUCCCCCGCAAGCCGCCGUCGACCAAGAAGGGGAUGUUCCGGCGCCUCUCCGGCGAACCAGCCCUCCUCCCGGCCAAGUACGUGCGCAUGCAGCUGGACAAGGCCACCGGCGCCAAGUGCUUCACGCUGUCGGCCAGUGCGCUGCAAGCUAAUGAUUCUCAUACGCCCUUGAUACGUGUAGGUACAGUCCCGGGCUACAGCAAAAGAGGCAAAAGGUUCUCAGAAGCAGGGGAACUCGGCUAUGGCAUACUGAAGAUACGUGCCAAGAUACAGAAAAACAUGCUCUCUCAAAACACAACCUAUGUGGCAUACAUGGUGCUCAAGCUAGGGCCUAGAUUUCACGGGUUCGAUUUCCCGUUUCAAGAAGCUUCAUUUGGCGUUGCUGGGAGCGAGUCGGUCCGGAAGGUUUGCCUGCAAGGCUAUGUCGAGGACGCUGACAAGGCCGAUGAUCCACCUCGGAAACACAUCAUGCCAAGUUAUUAUCUUAAUCGUGACGCGGUUCCUCCUGGAGAUGACGUUGUUUUCCCUCGUAAGACAGCCGACGAUUGGAUGGAGGUGGAGUUUGGUGAGUUCCAUAAUAAGGGAGGUGACGGUGACGUCUCCAUCAGCUUGACCGAGACGACAGAACCCAAGAGUGGCCUUAUUGUCUGGGGCAUUGUGAUAAGAAGUAAGCAAACAAAUCAAAAAAAGAAAAAAGAAGUAAGCAAGAAAGGCAAGUAAGACUAGCAUUUGAUAGCAUAUCAUGUGGGAGCUAGAAAAAAGAAUUUAUUGGACUAGUUUUGGUUAGAUAGAAAGGGGUCAAACUACAAGUGGUCUUAUUUCCCUCUUUGCUUCAGUAUUUUAUUCUGAAUGUAGCCAAUUGUAUUUUUGAAACAAAAUAAG